CGGGUGGGAAGGAAGAGCAGGACCGAUGGGAAUCUGCUUUACCGGUUAUAAAAUAUCAUUAUAAAACGUCGAGCUCGUCGGCAGCCGGCUAUCAGUCUAUAACUAUACAGUCCGCGGACAUCAAAAUAUUAUGCGCAUUUUCAACAUGGAGUGUUUAAAGAUGUGCGUCGUCGUGGGUUUGGCGCUGACCGCUGCACCGGGUCGGCCCGCGGAUGCAGCACCGCCACGGGCCGGUGCUCACAUCUACCAACAACACAAACGGAGCCCCGCCGAUCCGGACUUGGACUUUACUUCUGCGCUGUCGACGAACUUCGGUGAUUUCAGUCCGUCUUCAACGUUGCCGGAUUUCAGUUACGGUUCCGGUUUCCCGUCCACCGGAGCAGGCUUCGGGUUCGACGAUGUGCCCAGCGGCUUACUGCAUUUAUCUCACCCAUACGCCGGCACUACGUUUGGCUCCGGAUUCGACUCGAUAGGUUAUCCAUUUUCUGAGUCCACGCUUAACCAGCUUCAAUUCAAAAGUACACUUGGUUCCGGUUCAUCACUCUCGCUUCCGGUCGAUAUAAAGUAUAAUCCAAAGGUCAGCAAUGCCGAUCUUCAGCAAUCCCGUUUCUACGGACUUCCAGCUACCGAGUCCGUGAAACCGACUGGUCAAAGGGCAGUUCCGCUGCAACAGACUGGACCUAAUGUGCAGCGAGUUCCAGCGGAGUCAUUUAACUCCGCUCUUGGCUCAUUUGCUCCACUGCAACAAUCAUAUCCUACAGGCACCGCAUCUGUACCACAAAAGCAGUUGUAUACGGCUGCAAUAUCUGUGCCAUUUCAGCAGUCAUACCCGUCCACUGCAUCUGUUACCCUACCACAGUCGUAUCCGGCUUCCAAAUCUAUACCACAACAACAGUCAUAUUCGGCUUCAAUAUCUGUGCCACAACAACAGUCAUAUUCGGCUUCAAUAUCUGCGCCACAACAACAGUCAUAUUCGGCUUCAAUAUCUGCGCCACAACAACAGUCAUAUUCAGCCAUCUCGUCUGCUCCACAGCAACAGUCAUACCCAGCCACUGUAUCUGCUCCACAGCAACAAUCGUAUGUAACUGCAAUAACUGCACCAAUACAACAGUCAUAUCCAGCCUCAGCAUCUGUACAACAGCAACAACAGUAUCCGGCCGCUGAAUCUGUACCACAGCAACAGUCAUAUCCAACUUCCCUAUCUAUACCUCAACAACAAUCGUAUUCUUCUGCAAUUUCUGUCCCGUUUCAACAGUCAUUUUCGACCAUCGUGUCUGCUCCACAGCAACAAUCAUAUUCGGCUUCUGUACCUGUACAACAGCAACAGUCGUAUCCGACUUCUGUAUCUGUACAACAGCAACAGUCGUAUCCGACUUCUGUAUCUGUACAACAGCAACAGUCAUAUCCGACUUCUGUAUCUGUACAACAGCAACAGUCGUAUCCGACUUCUGAAUCUGUACAACAGCAACAGUCGUAUCCGACUUCUGUAUCUGUACAACAGCAACAGUCGUAUCCGACUUCUGUAUCUGUACAACAGCAACAGUCGUAUCCGGCCGUCGAAUCUGUACCACAGCAACAGUCAUAUCCCGCUACUACAACUGUAUUUCAGCAACAAUCAUAUCCAGCCACCUCCGAAGAUUUCCGAAUUUCCUCAUACCAACAACCUGCAGCUAGCGGUACAGCUGGUCCAUCGAAAACUUCUGAUACUGGAUCCGUACCGGAUUUAGCUUUGGAAUUGAGACCACCGCCGUACACCGCGCCCGCAUCGCCGGUCGAUUACCAACAAAAUGCGAACAUCCAGUCACCUCCGGCAUCCUCCUAUUCACCCGCCGACAGUAAUAAAAAUAAUAACUAUCCCGUUAACGAUUUCGGCUUGUCAUCGGCCCCCGCGGCUGGAACUUCCGGUCAAACCCAAGUAUUCAGCACCUCGAACAAUGGACCACUUCCCGGAAAUACCAAUGAUUUCCUUGCGGCACGUUCAAAUGCCAAACCUGAUCAGACCCACACAGAUGUCUAUUACACAGCCCCUGUUCCAGUUACGGAUGGUUCGAAUAGUGCACCAAGCAACGCUCCCAAUUACUAUUCCGUUCCCAGCAUAUCUUAUUCUUUAACCAGUACCGCGAACGGCGGGUUUGCCGGUUCAACCAGUGCACCACCAGCUGCCCCGAUUGGAACCGACCGUAGUGUGCCUGCAGCUAACCCUACGGGUGGCCAAAACCCAUCGUAUGUAGACACAAACUCAAUUCCAAGUGUGUCUUACACCAGCUCAAAUUCAAUUUCCGCAACCUCGUAUGGCGAAUCCAACUCAAUCAAAAGUAGUUCUUAUACCACACCCGGUACUCCGAUUGCCGUAAACCCAUUCAGUGACUACAAAUUCAGUACAGACAAUUUUUACGGUGACUCGAAUUCGAUUUCGCUUAACAGCAAACGUGAAUCAUCCACUGUCAACUCGUCCUAUAAACCUCCGUUACGUAUACAAUACCCAAAUGAUGCGGGAGAUUAUAAAACUAUACAGUAAAAACAUAUUUAGACAGACUGUGAUGAGUAUAACUUAACGAUAAACAUGUAUAUUUUUGUUUUUUAUAAUUUAAUAUAUUUUUAGUGCUGUUAAUUUAAGUUUUUGGAGGAUAUAAUACCUAUGUGCCUAUAUUUCUUUUCAUUAUUUAUAAAUUCUAAAAUAAUAAUGCCGAUCAUUAAUAUUGUAUUAUACCUGUUUAAUUAUGUUUGUAGUCAGAUGAAGAUGUGUAUACUUACUUUUUUUGUGGUAUAAAAAAUAUUUGUAUUAAAAAUUCAGUUUUGAUAUUUUUA